AUGUUUGCUGGCUGUAUUCGUGUUGUGACUGAAAUCAUACGAGGUGAUGGCACCAUUGCUGGAUGCUUUUCGGUUUUCGGUGGAUAUUUGAUCCACUUCACUUAUGGUUAUUUGUUUUCUUUGACAAAUAUGGUACCAUACAUAAUGGGAUACCUGAUAACUUUCAUUAACCCACACCUCUGCGUCCAAACAUCCGUUUGGUUUUCUGCAGUUUCUUUUGCUGUUUACGGCAUCUUUAUGCCACUUGGUGGAUUUCUGUCGCGUAAAAUUGGUUACCGACCGGUAACAGCUCUCAGUUGUUUGUUUCUCAGUGGUGGUGUCCUAUUAUCUUACUUUACGAUACAAAAGAUGUGUUGGAUUAGGAUUUUCAAAAAAAAGGCGUUUGAUCUCACGAGUGGUUUCCUGAACAUAGAGGCCUUGUGGUUGGACUAUCCUAUCCAAACAUUUUUGAUAAACCCAAACAAUGUCCCAGUUAACAAUGUGACAAGACAAUUUGAUGAUCCUGAAGUACUUAACAGACUACCACAUGUAUUUCUUGUUAUUGGGGUUAUUCUAUCAGUUACUCAGAUCAUUGGUCUGACUUUGCUGCGUUCAAAGCCGAAAUCGAAUGCUAAAGAUAAUAAAAUUGAGAUCUUGGAUGAAAGCGAGUCUUCAGAAUAUGAAAUAAAGGAUUACUGCAGUGGACAUAAAACCUGCGUGCCGCUUACACUUUUAACUUCUUCCUAUAAAUUAUUUGGUCAGUCGUUUAUCAGUGAUGAUAAGUACCUAUCAAUUAUAGUUACAAUGACUGCAGUUUUCAAUGCCGGUGGCCGUAUUAUAUGGGGAUCAAUUGUGGAUCGAUUUUCAUACAAGAUUCCGUUUUGUAUAAUAAGCCUGAUUUGGGCCAUCCUUCUUUUGACGUUUCCUUACAUCAGUCUGACGGAUGGAUUGACGGCGAAAAUGCUUUAUUGUAUUUGGGGUAUUGGAGGUUUUCUUUUUUUAAGCAGUGUAUCAACAGUGGCUCCAGCAGCCAUAGGGUCGAUGUUCGGAUGCACAAACAUGGCUAUUAACUACGGGAUAGUAGCAUGUGCACGAGCUAUAGGAAGUCCUUUGUGUGCCUUUGUCCUCACAUUUAUCAGUUCAGAGAACCUAUACAUUGUCCAGUUUACUAUAUGUGGAUCCGCAAGCCUAGUAGCUUUUCUUCUUGCCUUAUGGAUUGACGAUCACAAAAUAUCGAGGAAUUUAAAUUGUUGCUCAUUUUGCUCCAGGACAUGCAGUCAUUUGCGUAUCCAAAGAAAAUAUUGA